AUGAAGCAAGAGCAGAUCGACCAAGCUGCCGCGUUCAAAGCAAUGCCGCCAAGGAUCCUCCGGAUCUCAUGCGAAGUCUCAUGCGAAAAAGAUCCUGACGUGACGGACUCCUCCGACGAUGACGUCGACUCGGUGGUGCUACGGCUGCCGUUGCCAGCAUUGCCGUCGUCGUCGGCUGCUGCUCCUGCUGCUUCUGGUGUUAUUGGUGCGGCCAAGAAGAGGAGACCUGCUGAUGCCGGCGGAGCAUCCGGCGUGCCAAUGGCGGCGGGGGUUCGGAAGUACCGCGGCGUGCGGUUUCGUCACUGGGGCAAGUACGCGGCGGAGAUCCGCGACCCACAUAGCCGGGCCCGAGUGUGGCUCGGCACCUUCGACACGGCUGAGGAGGCCGCCAUGGUCUACGACUCCGCUGCGCUCCGUCUCCGGGGCGCCUCGGCGGUCACCAACUUCCCCGCCAUGCCCCCGCCAUCGCCUUCGACCGCCGGAGAUCAGUCCAGCGACGACUCGCAGUUCUCCAGCUCACCGGCCUCCGUCUUCCGCCCGCUAAUACCGCCGCCAAAGCUCGAGCCACUGGCGAAGGCCGCCCCUAAUAAACCGAAUUUUUCGUCGUGUGGCGGCUUACUCGGGGACGACGACCCGUGCUGCGGCAGCGGUGGCUUCUCUACCUUCUUGUGGCCGGAUGUCGAAGACUGCAUGUUCGCCGCCGGCAUAUUACCCGGGGUCACCGACGGCGACGAUGGCAUGUUAUCGCGUCUCGAGGGCUAUGUCACUGCGGCGGGCGAGCCGGUGACUGCGAGCUUGGCUGACCUCGGCGAGCUGCCGAUGUGGUCGGAGGUGGAUGGGUUGUUCUUCAGCGACGACGCGACCACCUGA